AUGGUAAAGCCUGGAUCAGUUUUAGUUACAGUAGUUUUAACAGUGAUAAAAAUAGGUGGUAAAGUUGUAGUUAAAGUUGAUGGUGGGGACUGUAUUGUAAGUGUGGGUUGUGGUAAAUUAACAGUUACUGGAGGUUGA